AUGUUACGCGAGAUUUUUGUUUUUGAUGUCAUUGUCACGCUUUUACAUUUUGGUUAAUUUAUUGCGAUUUUUUGGAAUUCAGAUACAUUUUUCCAUAGGUUUGCCAGUAAAUUUAGUAGUUUGACCAAAAUGAGUAAUAAAAUGAAUAAAGUGAAACUUUCGAAAGGUAUUUUGGAAAUGAAAUUUAUGACUCGAACCAGAGAAAAGCUUGAAAAGGAAAAGGAUGAUGCCGAAGGGAGGGCUCUAUACUCCAAUGAAUUCACCGACAAAAUGCUGCAUGAGUCAUCCAAAUAUAUAAUCGAAACCAGCUACGUCCCAUGCGAAGACCUGAUCGAAGGGCGAGUAAGUUAUGGCGGAAUGAACCCGGAAAUUGAGCGUCUCAUUGAGCUUGAGAAAAACAAAGAUUUGGCCGAGCAGAUUGAGCGAGAGCGGGCGGCCGAAGCCGAGAGACAAAAAAUGCGCAAGGAUGUUCCUGACGAGGAGAUGGCCCAGUUUUACACCAGCGUCAUGAAGUCGAUGAAGAAGAAGUACGAAAAGGGUGGCAAACGGCAAUCCAGUAUAUUGCCGCUCAACAUCAAAAGAAUGGAGAAGCCGAGGGAUGACGAUGAGUAGAGAAACGUUGGCCGAAUAAAACAAUAAUUAGGAACUACAA